CGGGUCUAACCAGGAUAUAAAUGGCCAGCGCAGACCUUCCGAGUUGGGUGACCCCUAUUUUGGCUGUGGUGAGCAGGAUCUGAUCCCAAGGACUGUUACCUCUGUUCUUGUCUGGUGUGCAGAGUCAGAAAAGCAAUCAUGCCUUUCGGAAACACACACAACAACUUCAAACUCAACUACACAGUUGAUGAUGAGUUCCCCAACUUGUCAAAGCAUAACAAUCACAUGGCCAAGGCCCUGACCAAGGAGAUUUAUGCCAAGUUGAGGGACAAGCAGACACCCAGUGGCUAUACCCUGGAUGACGUCAUCCAGACUGGUGUUGACAACCCUGGUCACCCCUUCAUCAUGACUGUUGGCUGUGUUGCUGGUGAUGAGGAGUCCUAUGAGGUCUUCAAGGAUCUCCUUGACCCCGUCAUCUCCGACCGUCAUGGUGGAUACAAGGCCGAUAGCAAGCACACGACCGACCUGAACUACGAGCACCUGAAGGGUGGUGAUGAUCUGGACCCCAACUAUGUCCUGUCCAGCCGUGUCCGUACUGGGCGCAGCAUCAAGGGAUACACCCUGCCCCCCCACAACAGCCGUGGCGAGCGCAGAGCUAUUGAGAAGUUGUCCAUUGAGGCACUGACCAGCCUUGAUGGUGAAUUCAAGGGAAAGUACUACCCCCUGACUGACAUGUCUGACGCUGAGCAGGAGCAGCUGAUCAAUGAUCACUUCUUGUUUGACAAGCCCGUCUCUCCCCUGCUGACCUGUGCUGGUAUGGCCCGUGACUGGCCCGAUGCCAGAGGCAUUAUGCAUAAUGACAACAAGACCUUCCUGGUCUGGGUCAAUGAGGAAGAUCACCUGCGUGUCAUCUCCAUGCAGAAAGGUGGCAACAUGAGAGAGGUCUUCAGGCGCUUCUGCGUUGGUCUGCAGAAGAUUGAAGAGAUCUUCAAGAAGCACAACCACGGCUUCAUGUGGAACGAGCAUCUGGGUUUCAUCCUGACCUGCCCCUCCAACCUGGGUACCGGCCUGCGUGGUGGUGUCCAUGUCAAACUGCCCAAACUAAGCACACACGCCAAGUUUGAAGAGAUCCUCACCAGGCUGCGUCUGCAGAAGCGUGGCACAGGUGGUGUGGAUACUGCCUCUGUGGGUGGAGUGUUUGACAUCUCCAAUGCCGACCGUCUGGGCUCCUCUGAGGUGGAGCAGGUCCAGCUGGUGGUUGAUGGUGUCAAGCUGAUGAUUGAGAUGGAGAAGAAGCUGGAGAAGGGAGAGUCCAUCGACAACAUGAUCCCCUCCCAGAAGUAAAGAGGGACAAUCUAAGGUUUUCUCGUGACCAUUCAUGUGCAAUCGAGCCAUCUGAUUUGCGGGCAGAGAAAACAGCCGCUCGCCUAGAGACUCUUGACUCUGCUCACGUUCUUCCAGCUUUUUUCUGUCUUUUGGUCUUUUUUCACGUUGUCCCGUGUUGGUUGGUGACAUCCUGGGAUCAGCCUCUACUGAGCUGGGCUUGCCUGGCAAAUGUGGCAACACCUACUUUUUGUUAUAAAAAGUAAUCAGUAUUGAAACUGUUCAUAACUGCUCAAUAAAACUGCCCAAUCUAACAACU